AUGGAUACAGAUAUCGAUGGUCGGCCGUACAAACGACGCCGAUUCUUUGCCGACGGCUCUCACCUGAACGACGCAAGUCUCUCCGCCGAAGCAACGCUCACCGACGAAGUCGAUGCCCUGCCUGCAAGCUCAACCCAAGAAGCAGAAGGAGAGAAGCCAGACGGCUCGGCAAACAAGGAAAAUGUCUUUGACGCCGACACCUUCUUGGCUGUCGUGGGAGCCAGUGUGCCGGCUGAGGCAAUUUGUAGUCUGCAGGCAGCACAUGGAAACAACCUCGAGCAGGCCAUUAACGCUUACUUCGAUGGCUCUUGGAAGGCGACAGCAUCCCCGCGCAAGAAGUCUACAACGCCGCCCGCACCGAAGCAGCAGAAGCUAAAUGUUAAGAGCGAGGGCGGCAGUAAGCAGAAUGGCGUCCAGAAUGGAACGAGCACGCCACCCAAACGACCCGCGCUGGAAUCGAUGCCUGACAUGCGAUACAUAGGUGCGCUGGGCGUGGCGGGAUGGACGACUCGCAGUGGCACUGGCCUGCUGAAGCCUGACGAUGUGGUCAAGAUUCAGAGAGUGCGGCAGACUCUACCAACGAAAAUGGGCAGAGGCGGCAAAAUGGUGGAGAAGAUGAAGCGCACGCAGGAUGUCAUUGUGAGAUUUACGGAUAAAAGUGGUACGGAGAUUGGACGUCUCGAGAAAGACUCUGCCUUGUGGAUUGGUGCCCUCAUAGACCAGAAAGUCUGCCACUUUGAGGGACACUGCAUCUUUGCCCCGGAACGAAUACGGACGAAUGAUACCGUCUAUAUUCAGCUUCGCUGCUUUCUGCUGCGUUCGGUUUUUGAAAGUGCCAGUCUUGUCAAGCCAGCGGAUAACAACCGACAGACUGGCUUCUUUGAGGCCCAAGAGACCACGGAGGAGCGAGAUCUGAGACUUCGACAGAUAGGAUUGGUGAAGCUAUUCUCUGAGAUCAACCUCCAACCGUCUACCACGAGCGAGCUUACCGCCAAGCACAAGCGUGAAGGCAUAUUGCAAGCCGCGGAGGUAGCCGAGCAAAACGAUCAACAGGACGUCAAGAAGAAGCCGAGCCAGGACAGGGAGAAUGUAGGCUCCAGUCCGCCCUCGGAAGAGAACGAAGAGGGUGAGGAACUGGAGCAGGAUCAAUUGGAUAGUCUGUACAAGAAAGCCCAAUCAUUCGACUUCAACACGCCUACCGCCGAGCCCGCAUCUACCUUCGUGAUGGACCUUCGAAAGUAUCAAAAGCAAGCCUUGCAUUGGAUGCUGAAUAAAGAGACGCGGGAGAAAGACGAGCACAAGCAGCAGAGUAUGCAUCCACUAUGGGAGCAAUAUAGCUGGCCAACGAAAGACGCUGAGGAUAAAGAUCUGCCUGACGUUGAUGGCCAAGAAAUGUUCUACGUCAAUCCGUACAGUGGUGAAAUGAGUCUUGACUUCCCUGUGCAAGAGCAGACUUGCCUGGGUGGCAUCCUCGCAGACGAGAUGGGCCUUGGCAAGACCAUCGAAAUGCUUUCCUUGGUCCACACGCACAAGUCGCCGGAACAUGAAGGCGCAAUUGGUGAGACCGACGCAAAAGUGGAUGCUGUCAGUACUCUCGCAAGACAGCCCAUGGCCUCGUCCACUGUGAAGCGUGCACCUGCUACGACAUUGGUCGUUGCACCUAUGUCGCUGCUUGCACAAUGGGCAAGCGAAGCUGAAAAGGCAUCCAAAGCUGGGUCGCUGAAGGUGCUUGUCUACUACGGCAACGAGAAAGGAGUGAAUCUGCAGACCAUCUGCUGCGGAUCCAACAUCAGUUCGGCGCCGAAUGUCAUCAUUACAAGUUACGGUGUCGUGCUUUCUGAAUUCAACUCCGUUGCGAGCACGCUCGGCGGUAAUCGAGCUUCAUCGGGAGGCUUAUUCGGAGUUGAGUACUGGCGCAUCAUUCUCGACGAGGCGCACAUGAUCAAGAACCGGCAGUCAAAAACAGCUAAGGCUUGCUACGAGCUGGCAGCAACCCAUCGUUGGGUAUUGACCGGAACGCCAAUCGUCAACAGGCUUGAAGAUCUCUUCUCGCUGGUACGAUUCUUGCGCGUCGAGCCCUGGAGCAACUUUAGUUUCUGGAAGACGUUCAUCACGAUCCCAUUCGAGAAAGGUGAAUUUGUGCGUGCCCUAGAUGUUGUACAGACUGUCCUGGAGCCACUCGUUCUACGUCGAACCAAAGAUAUGAAGACUCCAAGCGGCGAAGCACUGGUGCCUCUACCCAAUAGGACGAUUGAUGUCGAGAAGAUAAAGCUGUCAGACCCUGAGAGAGAUGUAUACGAGCACAUUUACACCAGAGCGAGAAGGACUUUUAACCACAAUCUGGAGGCCGGCACACUGAUGAAAAGCUACACGACCAUCUUUGCACAGAUCUUGAGGCUGCGGCAAAGCUGUUGUCACCCGAUCUUGACACGAAACAAGACAAUUGUUGCCGAGGAAGAAGAUGCAGCUGCAGCUGCAGAUACCGCCAAUGGACUGGCUGACGACAUGGACCUGGGCGCACUGAUCGAGAAGUUCGAGGCUGAUGAAGGCGAAACCGAUGCAAGUAAAUAUGGCGCUCAUGUGCUGAAGCAGAUCCAGGAUGAAUCUGAGAUGGAAUGUCCCAUCUGUAGCGAGGAGCCUAUGGAAGAACAGUGCGUUACUGGUUGCUGGCAUUCUGCCUGCAAGAAAUGCUUGCUCGACUAUAUCGAACAUCAGGCGUCCAAGGGCGAGCUACCAAGGUGUUUCAAUUGUCGCGAGCCUAUCAAUGCCAAGGACGUUUUCGAAGUCAUCAAACACGACGAUGAUGCAGACCUGGACGAAAGCGAUAAGAGCACGAGGAUCUCGCUGCGCAGAGUCAAUCAGCUGUCAUCUGCCAAGAUCACGGCCUUGAUCACAACUCUCAAGCGUCUCAAGAAGCAGGAACCAACGACAAAGUCAGUUGUGUUUAGCCAAUUUACUUCCUUCCUCGAUCUACUUGCACCAGCUCUCACUGGUGCCAAUAUACAGUGGCUGCGUUUUGACGGUAGCAUGACCCAGAAGGAAAGAGCGAAAGUGCUCAAUGAAUUCGCGAAUCGUCCGAAGUUCACGAUCCUGCUACUCUCGCUUCGCGCUGGUGGUGUCGGCCUCAACUUGACUUGCGCCAAGCGGGUAUAUAUGAUGGAUCCUUGGUGGAGCUUCGCGUUAGAGGCGCAGGCUAUCGACCGCGUGCAUCGAAUGGGACAGACCGAAGAGGUGGAAGUCAAGCGGUUCAUCGUCGAGGGAAGCAUUGAAGAGAAGAUGCUAAAAGUUCAAGAGAGGAAGAAAUUCAUUGCGAGCUCCCUUGGCAUGAUGAGCGACGAAGAGAAGAAGUUGCAACGCAUUGAGGACAUCAAGGAACUGCUUAGCUAA